CAGGUUGAUAUGCGUCUGAAAAUUGAACGAUAGCCAUGUCUAGGCCUAUAAGGAACGAUCUGAGAUCAGGCGACAUUGAGCUCAAUGCUCUUCCUGGACCGGAUGGAGUGUUUGAGCUCAUUGAGAUUGUUGGAACCGGUACAUACGGAAAUGUCUGGAAGGGACGCCACAUCAAAACUGGUUCUUUGGCGGCUAUCAAAAUUAUGACAAUAGUUGAGGAAGAAGAAGAGGAAAUAAAGCUAGAAGUAAAUGUCUUAAAAACUCAUUCAAACCAGCGCAACAUAGCUCGAUUCUUUGGUGCGUUUGUUAACAAAUCAGUUGAACCAAAAUCGCUAUGGCUUGUGAUGGAGUAUUGUGGUGCUGGAUCAGUAACAGACCUAGUUAAAGCCUGGAGAGGCAAACAGUUCCGAGAAGAAUGGAUAUCCUACAUCUGCAGAGAGAUUCUAAGAGGCUUGAAUCACCUGCAUAAGAAUUUAGUGAUACAUCGGGACAUUAAAGGACAAAACGUCCUUUUGACAGACGACGGCGACGUUAAAUUAGUUGAUUUUGGCGUCAGUGCGCAGUUGAAUAAAACACUGGCCAAGCGGAACACUUUCAUCGGAACCCCCUAUUGGAUGUCACCGGAAGUGAUUGCGUGCGAUGAAAAUAGCGAGCAAACUUAUGAUUACAGGAGUGACAUAUGGUCUCUGGGAAUCACAGCGAUUGAAAUGGCUGAAGGGCAGCCGCCACUCUGUGAACUGCAUCCGAUGCGAGCCCUCUUCCUCAUACCUAGAUCACAACCUCCCAGAUUAAAAUCUAGAAGAUGGAGUCGCAAGUUUCUGGACUUCACGGAGAAGUGUUUAAUUAAGAACUAUAAAGAGCGGCCUAACGCGGAGCAGAUGCUGACCCACUCCUUCUCCAACUCGACUAUUCCUGACAAGAUAGUGAAGGUACAGUUGCGGGAGGUAAUCGACAGGGCCAGGAGACGCAAGGACGACCAGAGAGCAGCUGUCGCCUCCAACCGGUCUGCUGCGGCGCCACCUACAAAUGGGAGUAGUCAAGGACAAGGAGGACAGCAGGCAUCAUCUCAGCAGCCUCAGUCGCCCUCUCAACCGACCAGCAAUGGAGGCACUGAGUCAUCCCAGAUGCAACAACAGCCAAGAUUCAUUGAGGCAGCAGCGGCUGAGAGCGACCAUUCAGAUAGUGACGAGGACGACGAAGGAGGCAGACACGAACCAGAGAUCGAACAACCGAGUGUACUCCAAGGGCCAGGGGAGAGAACCCUUAGACAGCAGUUUGCCCAGCUGCAAGAAAAGAAGCGCCUGGAAUCAAUGCAGCAGGCAUCGUCUCAACCUGCUCUGGCUCCCAGGAAUGCCAGCAGCAAUAAUAACAACAACAAUGCCAGACCGAUAUCGGUCAUUGACCGGUCGCAGUUGAGCCAAACCAGUGGAGUUAGCCAGUCCUCGACUGAGAGUGGAAGACCGGGCAGUAGUGGAAUGAGGUCUUCAUCUUCCUUACAUGACUCAGCGAAUCACAGUUCGAAUAAUGUAUCCAAGCUACUGCAGAGUGGCAGGCAACACAGCUUUGGAGCGGCGCCAUUAGCCACUACCACAGAAGGAAACACAGGAUUUAAUGUUGGUCCGGUUGCUAUUGGACCUCUGAGGAGCCAAAAGUAUCCUCCCUCUAGUGCUAAAACGAGACAAAAGUCUCCCCCUCCGCUACCCAGCAGUUCCCAACAACCAAAUUUAAAUGAUUACUCGCCUUGGAUGCGUGCUACUCCAGAACUUCCUGUUAGUUCCAAUAAUGCCAAGACAACCUCUGAAGACCGGAAGGGUUCCAGAGCUGACCAUCGUGUUUGGGCGAGAUCGCCACCCCUCCCAAUAGCUUCAGAGGAGCAGCGCAACCCGCCUCAGUUGGACCACCAAGUUAACCAGUCAGAAUACCAGAAUUCAGAGGUGUUUUCACCCAGACUUGACCGUGGUCGUGAUAGUCAUCAUAAACAUAGCCAGAACAUACAGCAACAACAUAAUGUGAACUGUUCGAAACGCCAUAACAGUAGCUCAGGACGUAUUGGAUCCGCAAGUAGCGAGGAGAUCAAUAACCCAGACAUGGGACCUCCGGCUCCUCCGAGAAUCACAUCAUUGCAUUCUCCGAAUGCUCACUUCAAUAUUCCACCGUUGGCCAGUGUCGCAAUGAGGCGAAGCAUGUCACCGCAACUAGAAAACUCGUGUUUAGGAAACAUUGAUUCGGCGCUGUUACACAGCGCUUAUAACCAAUACAAUCCUAAUUACCAGGUAGCUAGUUCACGCGAAGACGGAAGUCUUGAAGAUGUUUUUGUUACAGACUCUCCAACAGGACAUUAUGAGAAUCCGGCGGAUUUCUCACCAAGCAUGGGUCGUUCCACCGACGCAGCUAAUAGAGACAGAAACUCUUCGAAGCAGGAAUCACAAAACCAACACCCGAUGUCGCACUUUGUCAAACAAAGAAUAGAAGUCCCUAGCGACCAGCUUACACCAACGCCUGUACAUAAAUCAUCCCUUUUAGGAAACGCUAAGCAGAGGAGCAGUUUUGCUGGAGAUGUUUCAGGAUCAAAGCCGCACAAGUUUGAAAGCUCUAUUGAGGCUAUUAAAGGAUCGAGCUCUAAUUCUUCAUUCGUAGUUGCUAGUCAUGAUGCGACUAAGAGCUCAUCUGGAGCUCAGAUCCGGAGACUAGACAGUCAGCAGCCUCCUCUGGGAUUCAAUAAUGGAGCCGUGCAGAUGAGGAAUCCACCUCCGAAGCCAGGGCUAAACCAAUCCCAAAGCAAACCAGACGUAUCCUCGAGGAAGAGUUACGCCGGUGUAAAUCAAUCGGGAUCCAGAGAUCGAGAUAGUUUGGACGAAGGACAUGCACCUUAUGCUGUGACUCCGCUUGGAAGACAGGGAUCCUCUAUCGAGGAUUCUGGAGCUGGAUCUCACACAGCUUCUCCCGUGUCCAUAGCUGCUCAUAGGAAAUCGUCAUCCCAGUUUACAAACAGCAGUGCAGCAUCUCCGAACCUCAGCCGAAGAAGUUCCAACCAGCCACAUCACUCCCAGCUCCAUCCCAAUCAUCAGGCGAGUUCCUCGGCGGGAUUGAGAAGAAGAGAAGACGAGGAGGAUGAGGACGAGGAGGCUGAGUUGUCUGACGUGGAACCCGAGCGCAUAGCGUCAGAUGGAACCAUCAUCGAUUCGGAAAAACCCAGACCCCUUCCGCAAAACUUUGACAGGAAGUCGAACAGAGGCGGUACCUCAGAAUCCCCCUCGCCCAAAAAGAAAGUGACUCCCCCAGUGAGGAAUACUUCAAACAGCCAAUUGGCUCCUCCAUUCACUUCUCCUCAAAAUGGUCCCCCGCCUCCCUCGAAGGCCCCCAACCCUCUGUCAAAGAUGUCAAGAAGCAGAAGUCACGAAAGGUUCACAAACAAGGAACGAGCGUCACUGCAUCACUUGUCACACGCGAAGGAGUCAGCCGCGGAAAGCUUCAGAGAACACCAUUCGAUCAGUCAUCGCGAAUAUGACAACAUUGCCAGCUUGCUAGGACAGCCAUCCGCACAGUCGGAGGAAGAGGGCGGGACUUCUGUUGCAGCAGGUGUUCCACAACCUUCAUCAGCGCAAAGUCAGAGUCGAGGCAAUACUUCUAGGCGGCGGUCCAUGGAGAGUAUCCGUAAUACAUCUGGCCCCACUGCAACUGCCGGAGUGCCUACUGGGCCCACUCCCCAUCCCCGGACACACCACUCUUCGGGUGGUCAUCCCAGUGGUCAAACUCCCGCCCCUUCUACACCCCAGAUGGGCUUCAACCCUCAAAGGACAAAUGCCAACAGCAGUGCGAUGUCGUCAUCAAGUAAUAAUGCAGGACCCUUCCCAGAUGUAGUCCCAACUCAUCGACUCACGUUCGAUCAGAAUGGAGGCAUGCCUGGUUUGGACUUGCCGACAUUCGUGUCUGGUUCAGCAAGUGGAGGUCGGGCCAACUCUUCAAACAACAAUAGCAAUGCCUCUUUCGCCCCCCUCCUGGCUCAGACAGCGAGUGGGUCUGGAGGGGUGGGGCAGCAGGGAGUGGGUAUGGGUGGGGGCAUUGGUGUGAAUAAUGUGAGUGUGACUGUUGGCAGUGCAGAGUCGAACAAACAGCCGGACGCGGAGAUCAGGAAGUUCCGCAAGAAGUACAGACAGGAAAUACUCACAGCAGCUAUGUGGGGUGUGAAUCUGCUGAUUGGAACUGAGACUGGUCUCUUCUUUCUCGACAGGAGCGGCGAAGGCAAAGUGUCGCAGCUGAUCAAGCGGAGGAAGUUCCAGUUGAUAGACACUCUGCCUAAUCUGAAUCUCAUGAUCAGCAUCUCUGGAGCCAAGUGCAAAAUCAGAGCAUACUAUUUGAACCUGUUCAACUACAAGAUACUCGGCCAGGAUCCUCGCAACAGUGAAGAAAAACAUAAGCCGGCUUAUGUACAAAUCGGAGAUUUCGAGGGCUGUACACACUUCAAAAUAGUGAAGUAUGAGCGGAUCAAGUUCCUGGUGAUUGGUCUGAAAAACAGUGUCGAGGUGUAUGCUUGGGCACCCAGACCAUACAACAAGUUCAUGCAGUUCAAGUCGUUCCCGAAUCUGACGUACACGCCUCGGCUGGUGGACUUGAAAAUAGAAGACGGCAAUAGACUCAAGGUCAUCUAUGGGUCCGACAGGGGUUUCCACGCUGUAGAUCUAGACUCGUCCCGGUGCUUUGACCUCUACCUGCCACAACACACGGGUACGGGGUCAGUUGUGCCGCAUUGCAUGGUGACAUUUCCAGGCAGUAAUGGAACCAAACUACUCUUGUGCUACAACAGCGAAGGUGUGUACGUUGAUACAAAUGGAAGGACGUUUAGAGACGCCGCAUUUCUCUGGGGAGAACCACCGACAUCCGUUGCGGCGGUCGGUCCGAAUCAUGUGUUAGGAUACUGCACGACUUCCAUCGAGAUCAGAGCAAUAGAUACUGGAAACCUGGACGGAGUAUUCUGCCACUACCAGAUACAAAAACUGCGUUUCCUCUGCGAGUCCAACGGAAAGGUAUUUUUUGCUGCUUCCAAAGGCGGUUUCUACCAAGUGUACAUACUCAUGUUCAAGGAACUCACAGCUCUUCAUCAGCACAAUCAACAUAACUCUCUUCCUGCUCCACAUCAGUCGAGUUCUACUCUAAACAGCAACCAUACAAAUCAACAGGCACCAACGGGAAACAGUAGCAGCAAUGCAUCGCCUGCUCAACUCCCGCUGCAGUCCAUCACAAACACACCUCAGCAUCUUACGACGCCGCCUUCUCUGUCAAUUCAUCACCAGUCCACUUCCGGACAAAGCGUAGGUGCUGCAGGAGACGCCCAGGGAUACCACACGUCGGAUAGUAACCAGCCUCAGACAUCUGGACACCCGCCAUCGCUACUACACUACGCGGCAUCUCCAGUCACGCAGUCGAAUCAGACUCAGUUCACGAGUGGCGCGACUAGUGGAAAUAACAAUGGCGUCGGAGGCACUGACAACUUGGAAGGAGGCCGCAGUUUGCGGGAACUGAACAGUCUAGAAGAUCCGUCGAGACAGGAACAGUUCCUCAUGAGUUCAGUCGGAAACUACCUGACUCAUUCGACCACUGGUGCUAUAUGAGACUCAUCCUUGAUGCAUGAAAUGAAAUAAAAAAAUUUCCCCGAACUUGGUAGAUGUUAUGAAAUAGUUGAUCCGUUAUGCUCGUGACAUAGUUUCAUAUAAAAAAACGAUCUCUGGUCUUCUGUAUAGAGGGUGUUCAACAAGCAGCUGUCUUAUCUUAUCUACUUCUCUCUUUUAGCUGUAGCUGUUAUGAAUUGAAUGCUUAGAUAGUUGCCAUUGCCUUGCGCUUCUCAGAAAAAUUCGAUUGCUCAAAAUCAUGACUCAACUUUUCCAUUAGAAAUCUCUGCACUGUGCUCUCUUGUGCUGUUUUAUUCAUCUCGACAUUGUUGGAUUAUAUUCUGUCAUUCUAAAUGGUCCCAAAGUGGCUCUUUCAGCCACUGCGAGUAAUAUUUGAACUGCAGUAAAGUAGUUUAGUAUAAUUUGUUUCUGCAGUAUGUCACAUCGUCUAAAUGUACAGAUGCUGCGAUAUAAAUUAUUUCGAAUGGGGGAUCUUUAUAUAUCCAAUUAUGCAUUUUAAAGAAAUUAAUUUAAUUUCGCAGGGAAUAUUUUGUUAAUCUUGUUAAACAAUAAAACUGAUUCGAAAGUUUGUCAUCAGGUGAACUGAACUGAGUAUCGUUAAAAAUCUCGCUUGGCUUCAAGUCAAAAAUGCUUUUAAUAAGUCUUGAGAUGGUACAG